AUGACGCUGGGCCUGCAAGUUCUGGAUGAGGUGGUGGACGGCAUGUCCAUCAACUUUGCUGGGCACAAUGUGAGGCUGUCGCUGACUUACCUGGACCUGGAGCGCGGCGAGGCAUCUCCCAGCGCUGCCAAGGCCCAGGCAAUGCUCAAGAAGGCCUUGCAGCCCGUCCCAUCUGCCUCUCCCGCGACCUGA